GCGUGUGUCCGCGCGCCAGGACGAACCGCAGACCGUCUGUGCGGCUCCGCGGCCAUGAGCGCCGCAUCCCGCUGAACACGCCCACGCUCCGCACGCGCACUGCCGCAGACAUGUCGGGCCUGCUGCUCGUGAGCGCGCUGACAGCUCUUCUGUGCAGCUCUGAUGCCUUCAGACUGGGUUCUUCCCAGAGGGUCAUGCCCUUAAGACCUUCAGUGGCCCAUAGGGUCCAGGAUGAAGAUCCGGUCCACCCACAGUUCAUUCAAGACUUAAUCAGAACCAAACGCCACUCGAUGCAGGAAUUAGUGCGAGUCCAGCCAAAUCUGGUUCACGACAUGGGCUGGCCAGAGAUCCACGAAACCUCCCGCUCUGAGCCUCAGGUGGAGUCUGUGAACAUCUCACUGGUGGAUCCAGCACCACCCUCUGGCAGUCAGAGUAACACUGAGAACCUGGAAGAGGAGGAGGAGGAGAUGGAGCGUAUGGUCCAUCUGGCACUUCCUCAGGAUGCCAGGAACUACCUGGGUCAGAUGGACUCUACUGACUCAGAGACCGAACUCCUUGGUGGGCCAGGAGCCGGCGACGCCUCCCUGGAGGCCUCCGCCUUCUACGGGACAGACAGUGAGGACAAAGACAGAGGAGAGGAGGGAGGGGAGGACAAGGAGAGGCGAGGGGGAGACAACCGAGAGGGGGAAGGAGAACGUGAGGCAGAAAUGGACAAGUUUCAAGAUGUUCUACAGGUCAACCACACAACACCGGAUCUGGAUGUUCUGAUUGGCUACAGCCCGUCCGUCCAAGCCUUCAGCUCCAGCUUGUUCGGCCUCUCCUCUCCAGCUCAGGUGCAUGUUUCUGGGCUGCAGGAGCAGCGAGCCGCCCCGGUCCUGGAGGUGUCACCCUUCGAGAAGGAUCAAUGGGAGGCAGCAAGGGAGGAAGACGGUCAGUCCAGUGGCUUUGAUAUCCUCCAAUCCUCCAUCAGUUCUCCCAGUACUGCUUUACCGACUAAUACUGCUACUACUGCUGGUACUGCUACUGGUGGAGAAACAGUAGGAACAUCCACUCCUGAGACUGACACAGGCACAGACUUUGGGCUACUGGGAAAUUAUGCAAAAGAGGACACAGCCGAUGAACAGAGAGAACUGGAGGAGGAAGAAGACGACACAGGACUGACACACAUUGGAGGAGUAUUUACCCAGAAUCCCACAGCACCAGAUGUGGGCGUGGCUCCCAGCAGAGAGCCGCUACAGCCCAGCGUGGAGGAAGAGGACGAGCUGGAUGGUGGGGACAUGUUCGGUGGCGGCGAGAACGAGAACAGAGACCAAACGAGGAGCAGACACAUCGUCCCGCUCACCACCGAUCCGUCCCCCACCAUCGGCUUCACCGACUCCUCCUGGGACGGGCAGGAGAAGACCACGCCCCUGCAGGCCCAGAGGUCAGAGGUCAGUGGCAGUGGGGUCACAGAGUUCAUCAUACCAAACACAGACUUUGAUGAGAUGGAGGAGGUGCGGCAGGUCGUGUGUGUGGACUGGACCGAGCUGAGACGUGGCUUCGUCAUCCUCAACAUGACACAGAACAUGAACUGUGAGGAGUUUCGUGUCGACCGAGGCGUACGACUGCUCAGGACCAUGGAGAGAGUGUUUGCACGAAGAAUGAACAGCCCUGAGGGAUCGUGGGUAAUUUACCUCAGCAAGCCGACGCACCAGCAGCCCCAGCUUUUCAUGAACGUGGCGUCCGAACAGGGAGUGAUACCUACCAAGGAGGUGCUGGACAUGCUGGGAGAGAUCAGGAAUGGACUGAACAAGAUGGGCAUCCAGAACUUCAGUGCAGCCAACACGUGUCAGUCGAGGCCCAGCCAGACGCGGAGCGACUACGGCAAGCUGUUUGUGGUUCUGGUGAUCAUCGGUUCUGUUUGCAUGGUCAUCAUCACAACUGGAUUCAUAUACAUCUGCUGGCAGAGACGACUGCCUGUCGCCAAGACAACAUUCCGUUCUGAGGAACUUCACUUUGUGAAAAAUGGCUGGCAUGACAACCCCACGUUGGAUGUGACCAACAAUGGGCAUCCUGAGAUGAAGGAGAAGAAGCCAAGCGCCGAUGGGCUCACAGGGAAAGCAGAAGGGGGUGGGGAGGACAGCAGCCGUUGGCAGGUAUUUGUCAAUGAAGCUGCGACUGAGGAGGAAGACGAGGAGCAGGACACACAUCUGUGAAGAAGAAAACAGAAAAUGAGGGGAAUGAGGGACAACAAGAGAUGAGGUGGAUGGAAAAAGGAAGAAGAAAAAACAUGUUUGGUAGUGAUGAGAAUGAGGAAA